AUGAUGGCGAUGGAAGUGGUGGUGAACGCAGACAAGUACGAAGACAAGCUUGCCACUACAAGAAAGAUAUGCAGCUUCCUCAGCAAGAAGCUGGGAAUGUCCAAGAAUGAUUUGUGCCCAGCACUCAAGUCCAAAUUCGAUGAAGUGGCAGCCAUUCCGAAGGCGGCGCCUGCUCCAGAAGAUGGAAAAGCAGCAAAGCGCCCCCGUCGUGCUGAAGCGGUUUCUCAGGGACCAAAGGGUUCGCAGAAGCGAACCAAUUCUUCAAGUAGCAAGGCAUCCGGUCAAACCGAUGGCCCUGGCGCCAAAAGGGCGAAGGGAAAGAAGUGA